UCACAUCUGAGGAUGGCUUCUCUCCAUGUUUUUGUUUGUCUGCUGGGACUGCUUGUCCUGUGUCACUCUGACUGCUUCUUCCAGGAAUUGGUGCUGAAAGAUCUGAAUAACCCUCUCAAAGGGUGUGUGGACAAGGAAGGAAAGCAGCAUGACUUUGGCUCUGAAUGGGACAUAGAUUGCAUGGUGUGCUCUUGUACAAGCGAGGGCUUGAGCUGCUGUAGCAAGAUCCCUGAUGGAAAUGCAGCCGGUGUCCCUGAUGAAUGUGAGUUGGUUGUAAAUAAGGAGACCUGCUCUGCCACGUUGUUGUUGAAGUCAGACAAGACAAAGGAGUGUAACCCUGCACAAUAAAUGUACCUAUAAAUGUUCCAGUCUUUUUUAUUUUA